AUGAAUCCUGGAGACGUGGUUUAUGUCCUCUAUCACGCCGAUCCCGGCGUAUAUCACACCCGCCUUCUGACGGCUAUGAUUGCCCCGGACGAGUGGGUAGUGGUCACGCCAGAUCGUUUUGGCAUGCUGCUGACGGGCGAGUUCCUCGGGGCAUCCCGGUGGGCCAAGUAUACGCUUUCGCGCGGAUGGACAGGCUCCAUUGGGGGCCGCUGCAGGUGUCGCGGCUGCCCCUCCUCCUGGUCCAGCAGCGUCGUAGAUGUGCCCACUGCAGGGGCGGAUCCUCUCGUCUGGGUCUUGGCCCAAAUGGUGAAGGGCCGAAAGAUUGGGGAGAGGAUAGUUCCUGCUGGAAAUCUGGUGCAAUCAGGUGAUUGGGGUCUCCAUGAUAUCACGGAUUCUGAGGGUGUCACGCGGCCAUGCUUGUUGAAGCGAGUACAGGUUGAUGACAUCCCUGCUUUCUGUGACGAACGCAUCCAUCUCGCUCGUGCAGCGGAGGCAUGUGAGGGAGAGGAGAUGGUCUGUGCUGAUGAUGUCCGUACCAUGGAGAUUCGUUAUGGUGUCAAUGGGGAGCGCUUGCGAAGCUUCCGUGAAUCCAUCUCUGAAAUGCAGGAGGUUGAGUUUCCGGACUUCCCGUUGAUGCCUCGAACGACCUUGGCGUAUCUUAAAGCUGUUGCCAGUGUGGGGGAAAGCUGCCUAGCGCAACACCUGCAGUGGGUGGCACAGUCCAAGAUUCCUGAAGGUGACCGAGCAAUCCAUGAGGACGAGUUGUUGGCAAGGGUGCUGGACGCAGCUGUGAUGUAUGAUGGGCUGAAUGUAGCCAACUUGGCAUCGUUUGAGCUGGUGGUGCGCAGGAAGCAACUGCUGGCAGAAGCACAUGUGUACAAUCCAGGUGCCCCGAGUUAUGAUGGGGCCGACCACUUUAUGGGCACCACAUACCGUCCUGGUGGUGCCAUCAUCGUGCCAGCAUUGACCGAGCAUGUGUCCCGCAAAAUGCAUGAGGAGAGCCAAAUAUUGAAAGAGCGCCGCAAGAUCAAGGAGUCGAAGGGCACUGGUCGUGGAAAACCAGAUAAGCCUCCCAAGACCCCCGAUGGUGGGGGGAAGGGAGGUGUGUCGAGCUGGAUCCAGAGAUUGCGCAUCAAGGCGCGUACUAUAGGGCGUGUCAACAAGGCCAUUCGCGCUCUGAAUUCACUUUUCUUUGGUGGCGAGAAACAUUAUCCUGUCCGGACUGUUAGCUCCUUGGAGGCUCUUCCUCUUUGUCAGCGGGAGGCCAUUAAGGGCAUUGUAGAGAAGGUCAAGGAAUUUGGUAAACCGCCGCCUGAUGCAAGUAGCCAGGGAGCCUUGAAUGCGCUCCGGGCACCGGCGUCGGGAUAUUGCGUCCCGGAAGCUGGGGUUGGAGAUGUGGUUUCAAUGAAGCUUGAUUCCCUUUCACUGCCCUCAGGGACCAUCGCUGGAGUGGAUCUGGCGGCCGAGUUUCAAGGGCAUUUUCGUGAGAUGCUUUGCGACUACGAGACUUGGAUGCUACAAGAUGCUGGCGCCUGGUCGGAGCUAGCGGAGGUGGCAUCCCAGGUGCGACCAUACAAUGACCCCAGUUUGCACAAACGAUCUUCUUACAUCCUUUUCCUGAAGCACUUGAAAGAGUGUGGGGUGCUAGGAUUUACUGAUUGUUGUCGGGGUCGUGUCGGAGCCUUCACCGUCGCCAAAAAGCCUAAGGAGGUUGGCGGGGUCAAGGUGGAGAGACAACGUCUUGUCCUUGACUGUAGACAGGUCAACCUCCAGUUCAAAGCUCCUCCUAUGACUGAACUAGGAUCUCUUGCAGCCCUCACCGAGCUUGAGCUGGGCGAGGGCGAGAGCUUGUUCACCGCAGGCGCCGACAUUCAGGACUGCUUUUACGCAUGCAACAUGCCAGAUGGUAUGAAGCAGUUUUUCUGCCUCAUGAGUGAUUUGUCAGUGCAUGAGUGCUGUGAAGUUUUUGGCGGCAAACCUGCCGAUUAUGAGGGUGGCGACGGCGGGCCAUGGGCAAUGCCAUACUGCGACAAUGUUCACUGCCUGGACACAAAUCAGAAGGCAUGCAAUGACGGGAAGAACAAAAUCUGCAAUCAUCUCAGAGACAUGGGUUUUUCACUGCACGAAGAAGAGGAUGCCGCGGUGUAUUUCAAAACGCUAGGUGGCGUGAUCUUGGGGGACAAGGGGCUGGUUCCGUUGCUCCAUGGGGAUAUUCGAAGAUGUUGGUCAGAGACUGUCGCCACAACAGAUGCCUCCCCAACCGGUUUUGGCGUCUGCGAGACUGAGUUACAGCAAUCAGAUGUCCAGAAAAUUGGGAGGUGGAACGAGCGCUGGCGCUUCAAGCGGCUGCCGCCGGAAGAGUGGCGGCCGAGGGAGCGAGCUGCAGGACUCUGCCCAUACAGUGACAUAGAAACGGUGAUCAACAGAGCUGGCCCUGAAGAUGGUUUGAGUUUUGAAGAGAAUCCCGAUUUCCCUGAAGUCCCGCUGAGCGUGUGCAGAGCUGACCGUUGGCAAACCAAGCUCAUGGGAAAGUGGGGAAGCUCUUCGGAACAUAUCACACCCAAGGAGGGAAGAGCACUCGUCCUUGCCUGCCGUAGGAUCUGUCGAAACACUGCUAAUCGUGGCAAGAAACAUCUUAUCUUGGUUGAUAACUUGGCUUUGGCGUUCAUGACUUCCAAAGGUAGGGCUACCAACUACGCUCAGCUUCGCAUUCAGCAGCAAAUUAGCGCACUGGCUUUGGCAGGGAACGUUUUCUUUCGUCUUAGAUGGGUGCCUUCGGAGGCCAAUGUAGCUGAUGGGACAGUGGGUGCGCGACCGAAGCGCAAGCUCGUCGAGGUUGGCAACGCGAAGGUAGUCCGAGGGCUGAAGGUGGACAAGAUCAUGAAUCCGCCAAAGAAAAGUCAGAGAACCUUGGCGAGCUCUUCCAGUGGCAAAGUGAAGAACCCCCCACCUUCUCGACGGAUGGUGAGUUCAAUCCGAAGAUCCGAGGCGGCAAAGAUGAAGGAGACGACGGUCAAGAAGAAGGGGAUAACCUUUCUGGAGUCGAAGAGCGUCUCAGAGGAGGUCGGGGCAGUCUACAGCAAGCACUUCGCGAGCUUCAGGAAUUUCUGCAAGGAGCAAAAAGUCACAACAACCAAAGCGGAGGUCGUGGACGGGAUCCUUGCAGAGUACCUGGACGUGAUCUUCAUGGACGGAAAAGGGCUCAGCGAGGCGGAAAAAACAGUGGCCGCCGUGGAGUUCUUCAACGUGAAGGUCAAAGGGGGACUGCUCCGGAGCCGCAGGGCACUGAAGGGUUGGCGAAAGCAGCACCCGCCUCAGAGCCGGGUGCCGCUACCAAAGUUGAUCACUUACGGGAUGUGCAUGCUUCUUCUGCAUCAGUGCAAGAGAGACAAAGCUCUGAAGCUCAUCCUCGACUUCGGGUACCAAUGGUACAGUGUGGUCGUUCGCGACAUCGACGCUGGGAUUCCCGACAAGGUGGGAGUCUUCGACAACAGCCUGCCCCUGAACAGCAAGGACAGGCUAUGGCUGGGCGAGAUACUGCACUCAUUC